AUGUCCAACUCCCAACCCGCUACCAUCCUUCCUGAGGCGCACGAGCAACUGGUCACGCCGUGGGAUGUGCAGGGCUCAGUCUCUGCCGAGGGCAAGCAACUUGCGAUCGACUACGACAAGUUGAUUGUCCAGUUUGGGACGCGCAGAGUCGAUGCAGAACUUCUGGAGCGGUUCGAGAAAUUGACAGGGCAUAAGCCGCAUCCGUUGCUGAGGCGGGGGAUGUUUUUCUCGCAUCGAGAAUUUGACAAGAUUUUGGAUCGAUAUGAACAGGGAAAACCAUUCUUCUUGUACACGGGACGCGGUCCAAGUAGCGAUAGCAUGCAUCUCGGGCAUAUGAUACCAUUCCUCUUUACCAAAUGGUUGCAGGAUGUCUUUGAUGUCCCGUUGGUCGUCCAACUAACUGAUGACGAGAAAUUUUUGUUCAAGCACGAGCUGAAAGCUGAGCAGACGCUACAGUUCUCGAGGAGCAACGCAAAAGACAUCAUUGCAGUGGGGUUUGAUGUCAAGAAGACAUUUAUCUUCAGCGAUUUCGAAUACGUUGCUACAUUUGGUUUCAACGACUCGGAUAACAUCGGCAAAAUCCAUUUCUGUGCCGUUCAAGCAGCCCCGUCCUUCUCUAACUCGUUCCCUCACAUCUUCGGCGAAGUUUCUAAUAUCCCAUGCCUCAUCCCCUGUGCAAUAGACCAGGACCCUUACUUCCGACUUACUCGUGAUGUCGCGCAGAAACUCAAGUACCCUAAACCAUCCCUCAUCCACUCCCGUUUCUUCCCCGCUCUUCAAGGACCUCAGACGAAGAUGAGCGCAUCGGAUGCGACCUCGAGCAUAUUCAUGACCGAUACCCCGAACCAGAUCAAAAAUAAGAUCAAUAAGCAUGGUUUCUCUGGUGGUAGAGAGACGGAAGAGGAACACAGGAAACUUGGGGGUGAUACGGACGUGGAUGUUGCAUAUCAAUAUCUGGGCUUCUUCCUGGACGAUGACGAAGAAAUUGCGAAGAUAGGCGAGGAUUACAGGGCAGGGCGUCUACUUACGGGGCAAUUGAAAGCACGUUGUAUUCAAAUGUUGCAGGAGUUCGUGAAGGUCUUCCAAGAGCGGAAAGCCAAGAUUACGGAUGAGGAUGUCAACGCAUUCAUGGAUCCAAACAGGAAAAUAGACCCUAGUUUCGGCAAGCGAUCACAGACAUCAUGA